CUUGCCCCAGGGCCACGCUGUGGGUGCGCGAGGGAGGGUCGUGGGAUCCGCAGAAGGUCUGUCUUGAACUCGAGCCGAAGGUUGAGCAAGAACCAGGCCGUGCGGGGACGGAGCGGGGUGAGCUUGGCCAGAGUACUGCCUCAACUCAGUUGAGUUCUCUUGGUCCCGGAUUGACGAUCAGACUGGCGGGGCUGGGCGUAGAACUUUGCCUGUCUGAGCUUUAGCUGCGCCCUGCCCUGUCCUACUCCAAGAAACAAACGACGGAGAGAUGCGACUGGAAAGCGAGGUCGAAAUGUCCACGUGGUCCUUUACCGCAUAUCCUUCUCGCUGUCAUUCGACCCUGACUUUACCUGUUGAUUCAUGAAGUUUUACUGUCAAGUAAUCAAAAAUGGAAAAUUCUUUAAAAGCAGAGGAAUAUGAAAAAGUGUCCCUGGAACAGGCAGAAGCAUUAGUAAAUUCUGAAACCUCUUCAUUCAGUGUUAAUGAAAACCCAACAGCUUCUGAGAAUGAGCUUUCCGAAAAGACUCCUACUUGUGGGCAACUAAACCCACCAAAAAAGAGGAAAGAGUUUGAAAAUGAUCUUGUGAAGGAAAGUUCCAGUUGUGGGGAAGAUGCUCCAUCCAAAAAAAGAAAACCUGAUACUGAAAUUGUCUCAGAGGAAAAAGGUUCUAGUGAUGAUGAAGGCAUUUCAAGGAAAAGGAAAAUGGGAACUGAUGAUGUCCCCAAAGAUGAACCUUCAAAUGGGGAUGGUACUCAGAAAAAGAGAAAAAUAGAACUUGAAGAUGUUCCUGCAAAGCAGAAAAACCUGGAAGAAGGACACAGCUCAGCAGUGGCUGCCCACUACAAUGAACUUCAGGAAGUGGGUUUGGAGAAACGUAGUCAAAGUCGUAUUUUUUACUUAAGAAACUUUAAUAAUUGGAUUAAAAGCGUUCUCAUUGGAGAAUUUUUAGAAAAGAUCCGACAGAAAAAAAAACAUGAUAUCACAGUUUUGGACCUGGGAUGUGGUAAAGGUGGAGAUUUGCUCAAGUGGAAAAAGGGAAGAAUUAACAAGCUAGUUUGUACUGAUAUCGCUGAUGUUUCUGUCAAACAGUGUCAGCAGCGGUAUGAGGAUAUGAAAAAUCGUCGUGAUGAAUAUAUUUUUAAUGCAGAAUUUAUAACUGCUGACUCUUCAAAGGAACUUUUGACUGACAAGUUUCAUGACCGAGAAAUGUGUUUCGACAUCUGCAGUUGUCAGUUUGUCUGUCAUUACUCGUUUGAAUCCUAUGAGCAGGCUGACAUGAUGCUCAGAAACGCUUGUGAGAGACUUAGCCCUGGAGGCUAUUUUAUUGGUACCACUCCCAAUAGCUUUGAACUGAUAAGACGUCUUCAAGCUUCAGAAACAGAAGCAUUUGGAAAUGAAAUAUAUACUGUGAAAUUUCAGAAGAAAGGAGAAUAUCCUUUAUUUGGCUGCAAAUACGACUUCAAGUUGGAAGGUGUUGUGGAUGUUCCUGAGUUCUUGGUCUAUUUUCCAUUGCUAAAUGAAAUGGUGAAGAAAUACAAUAUGAAACUAGUAUACAAAAAAACAUUUCUGGAAUUCUAUGAAGAAAAGAUUAAGAACAAUGAAAAUAAAAUGCUGUUGAAACGAAUGCAGGCCUUGGAGCCAUAUCCUGCAAAUGAUAUUUCUAAACUUGCCUCUGAGAAGGAUGAUGACUAUGAGCAUGCAGCAGAAUACAUGAAAAACAGUCAAGUAAAGUUACCUUUGGGAACCUUAAGUAAAUCAGAAUGGGCAGCUACAAGUAUUUACUUGGUUUUUGCCUUUGAGAAGCAGAAGUGAGCACUUAGGCAGUGGCCCCAGAGUGGCUGUACUCCAUCCUGCACGGACUUGAAAAAUCCAUCUUGGAUAGAUUUGACAGUUUUCUGGUUGUUUAAUUCUAAAUGUGCAGGAUUCUGCCAGAAACUCCAGUGUAUAAAUUCAACAUUUGCUGUCUGUGACAGGUGAACUUUUGUGUGUAUAUGUAAGUUGGGAACCUUAUCUUUAGAAAUCUAUUUUUAAGUAAUGUUCUGAGAAUUCCAUUUGUCUCUAUUCUUGCUCGUAAAACUUAUAUGAUUUGUUAAAGCAAUUGAACUCUUUCCACAGUGCUCUGCUUUGUUCAGUAUAUGUUUACAGUAUUAAAUUUAUUGCAGUUGUAGAAUUGGUAAGAGCAUUCUGGUUUGCCAAUGUGUGUGCUCAUUUCCGUAAUUUCAUUAUAUAUGUUUUUCAUGAUUAAAUGGAUUGCAUUCUCUACAGUAAUUCCUAAGUAUUUAAUAUGUAUUACUAAAGUUACAAAUUUAAAAUUUAAUUUUAGAUUAUCAUAAAAGUUACUUAGCAUUUUAGCAGUUUGUUACAUUUCAAUAUAAAUAACUAUUUGAUACAAUUCUGGAACUGGCUAGAACAUUUUAGAUUUUGGAAUUUGGAGGCUGUCUCAAGAAUUUCCUACCACAGUUGUAAUUAGACACGUUUACCUUUUUCCUUGAACCAGUUAUUUCCCAGUCAUUCUUGUCAAGCUUUAGUGAAAAUCUCUCCUGAAAACCUGUUGCAUAUUAUUUUCCAAACUUAUACAUGAGACUGCAGUAGGAAUGUGGGGCUUUAAAGGAAGCAGUUAGACAUGAGAUUAAUUAUCACUGAUGAUAGAUCUAACUACUGACACUGUGUACUCACUUCAGUCCAGAAAUAAGCAGUAUCUGUUCCUCUUACAGCGUAAGUGCUUUGUGCAGUAGAAGCCAUUGCUUAAUCGCCAUUCAGAAUUUCUCUUUGCCAUUUUAGGACUAUUAUAAUUGUCAUUAAAAUUAUUACUUAUAUAGUUCACUGCUUUUCCAAAACUGAUGUCUGUGUAAACUGUUGUCUAUACUUUUUAUCACUGUUUAGAAAAUGUAAUAGUUUUUAGAUUUAGUGAAAAAGUUAAAAAUCAAAGAACAAUUAUGUAAAAAAUCAUUUACUUAAAGUGUAGUUUGCAAAAACACUACUUUCUAAAUUAUCCAGAGUACUCCCUUUAAAAGUCUCUAAUUUAUUUAUAUUUGUUCAUUGUAGUGUUAGAAGAGUAUACUUUUUAGCAGGAGAACAUGGAUUUUCUCACUCAUAUUUCUUCUCCAAAUCUCUCAAUUUCCAAACUGUUCCAAUUUGCAAAAGUUAAGUCUUUUCGCCUUAGUGAUGAUUUGCUUUCUGUCAUUUGGGAAAUAAAUAAUGGUGCAUUUGACUCUGGUGGUUGCCACUCACCAAGAGAGUUUUGGUAAAGAGGGGAGCUCUUCCUGUUACACAUUCAGAUUCAUUUUAGCUCUGGGGAUGUGCCAGGAAAUGUUUAGAUAGUUUGAUAGGUACAGAAUGCUAAUUAUUAAUUCCUGUCACAGUUCUCAUUUAGUGUUCUUAAUUCGUAAUACAGGUAUGUAUAGCCUCAUUCAGCCCUUUCCAUUCCAUGGGUGAUUCUGGAGAGAAGAAUCCCCCAAAGGAUGGAAUAACUGGAGCAGAGAGAGAAGUAGGGUGCAGAUCCUCGGGUUUCUGUGAGGAGAAUGGAGCAGAGAGCACUAGGCUGAGUCUGAGAAGGGCUCUGGAGUCCAUUGCCGUAAGGACGGGAGAGGCUGCUGGGGGCCACCCUUGCAAGGCAUUGAGCUUGGGCAGCCACCCUCUUGAAGCUUCCUUUUCCUCCUUACCUCAUCUGUUUUUCCUUCACUCUGCCAGUCUCUUUGCUUCUGUGAAGUGUCUGGCAGUGACUCAGGAAGAACUAUUAGGAAAGGAAUGGAGAAGGCGGCUCCUUCUUGCAUUUCCCAUCACAUGGAGAAAGCUGGCAGGACUCUCCACUGUGUGCCCUAUGGUCUAAAUGUGGGGUUUUCCAUUCAAGACUUCUUAUGAGAGCACCAUGGCUUUUAAAGUUGUCUAGGAAGGUCAGCUGCAGGGGCACUCUCAGAUCAGCCAUAAGGUUUAUCCUCCUGAGGACGAAGCAAGAAAUGACAAAUAGUCAAGAGAAGGCACUAGCGGUCUUGAUGUUCAGGAAGAGAAGCAGGUGGUUUCCGGUUACAUCUAAGGGCCAACAUCCUAACCUGUAGAGAGUACAGCCAGCCCACUGGACUGGGCCUCCUGUGCCUUUAGUCCCCAUUGAGCACUCUGGGCCUGGGGACUCCCAGAGAAUCCUUCAGAGAGAGAAGUCACUUAGAAGAGGCUCCUACCUACUCAGGGAGUGGAUUGUGUGUUGACUGACAAGGAGAUAGCAAUACAGUCUCAGUCUCUCCCUCUACCCCACACUUAGGAGUUGAGGAAAUAUAAUCACUGUCUGACUUCCAAGCGUUAGGAUCAAAGCGAAAAUGAGCAGAUGAGAUGAACUUUGGGGCAGGGUUGAUGUCAGCAGGGGAAAGCAGAAAAGCAUUGUUCACCAUGAGAUGCUCAUCUUUCCAGCUUUUCUAGCCCUUAAAAGGACUUUAGCCUUGUUUUAGGUUAUUUCUAUUAUGUUAUUUUGAUACAUAUUCAAGUAUCCUUUUAAUUAUACUGAUGAAGGUUUAGCUUUUUGUCUAGGUCUGUCUGCGAGGUGGAAAUGCCAGUGUAAGUAUUCUAGCUACUGAACAUUAUUUUUUUGCUAACUAACUGUUAUCUACCUCAGGCUUUGUAUAUUUGGGUUAUCUUAAGCCAGUCACUACAAGGUCUCUAGGUCUGCAAAAUUCAGGCCAGACUGAUCCAAAGAUUAGGGUCCAUCGCAGAAGUUGCACCAAGCCUGUGAUGUUCGGUGGUUCAUUGAUCAAAUAAGAAGCAUAGGUGAAUGAUGUCACAGCCUCUCUAGUUGUUACUAUAUCACAUUAUGCAAUUUCCUGCCGUCUGAUGGAGCAACAUUCCUGUUUCUUUGAAGUCAUCCAGUAUACACAGUAGCUGCUAUGCUUAUUUAGUGAUAUAUUUAGAUAUACAUGAGACUGGUGCUAGAGGGCUAUCAGUUCUUCUCUUUCCCUCUUCCAUGCUUCCCAGUCCCUCCUCUGCUCCCAUUCAGGUAUAACACACUUGCUGAGGAAAUCCAAGUCACCCAGAGUACUCUGCAGUUUAUGGGUGGUAACUGUGGGUAAGCCCCAAAGCCCUUUGCUCUGUAGUCUUACCCUGACCUGUGCUUCUUGGGGACAGCAUACCUUGAACAAAAUUGAGUUGACACCUAACAUUUAAUAAGCUCCUAUGUUGGGGGCAGCAGAUGGUGUGGCUAUGCGGCUAGACUCCCACAUGGCUAAAUGUAGUUCGAAUCCCAGACCCAGUG